AUGGCUUCGCUCCGCUCUCCAUCACGCUCAGCAGCUGCCUCUCCAAUACCACGACCUUCAUUUGAUGCUGACCUCCUCAAAAACUACACAAAGGCUCUUCUUUCUACGACACUUCAGACGGCUGCCUGGCCGGAUGCGAAGGACAGAGACAAGGUCAAGGGGUGGAUGAAAGAGAUUGGAGAGCGGGUAAAGACACGAAUGCUGGAAAUAAGACCGACUGGGUUCAAGUACAUCGUCAUGACGCAGAUCAACGAGAAUCUGGGGCAAGGCGGACGGGCAGAUAUGGUAUGCCACUGGGAAGAUUCAGACAUUGUGGUUCAAGAGAUGUUCUCGAAUGACUCUCUGAUAUGUAUUUGUGUAGCGUUUGCCAUUCGGACAAUGUAA